AUGGCAGGUAUAAAGAGGAAAAAACCGCUGCUGCCCCGCCGCCGCCGCCGCCGCUAUGGCCCCGCCGCUGCGGCCGCCGCGCCUGGCUGCGCGCUGAGCUGCCGGCCCCGAGCGCGCGGCCGGAGCUGCAGCGGCGGCGGCAGCAUCGUGGCCCCGACCCUACUCCAGAAGCUCUUCAACAAAAGCGGCAGCGGCGGCAGCACAGCGUCGGCGUCCGCCCAGGGCAGGGCUCCCAAGGAAGGACCCGCCUUUAGUUGGUCAUGUUCAGAGUUUGACUUGAGUGACAUUCGCCUGAUAGUUUACCAGGACUGUGAGAGGAGAGGCAGACAAGCGUUGUUUGAUUCUAAAGCUGUUCAAAAGAUUGAAGAGAUGGCAACUCAGAAAACAGAGGAUGUCCCUGUGAAAACGUCAGCCAAGUGCUGCCAAGGAAGUAGCAGCAGCGGAAGUAGCAGCAGCAGCAGCAGCAGCAGCAGCAGCAGCAUCUCUUCCCAUAGUUCUUCUGGAGGAUCUUUACAACACACCAAGGAGCAGCUUCCAAAGUACCAGUACACAAGACCAGCUUCCGAUGUCAACAUGCUAGGGGAAAUGAUGUUUGGCUCAGUCGCAAUGAGUUAUAAAGGCUCCACCUUAAAGAUACACUAUAUACGUUCUCCUCCACAACUGAUGAUUAGUAAAGUUUUCUCUGCUAGAGUGGGCAGCUUCUGUGGAAGAACAAAUAACUUGCAAGACAGCUUUGAGUACAUCAACCAAGAUCCUCAUGCAGGAAAACCGAACACGAAUCAGCAUAGUUCGGGUCCUGGUCGUGCCGGAAGUAACCUAGCACACAGCACCCCAGUUGAUAUGCCAAGCAGAGGACAGAAUGAAGACAGGGACAGUGGCAUUGCUCGAUCAGCCUCACUAAGCAGCCUUUUGAUCACGCCUUUCCCAUCGCCAAGCUCCUCUACAUCUUCUUCCAGCAGUUAUCAGCGCCGUUGGCUUCGAAGUCAGACGACAAGUUUAGAGAAUGGCAUCUUUCCAAGGAGGUCCACUGAUGAGACAUUUAGCUUGGCUGAAGAAACCUGUAGUUCUAAUCCAGCCAUAGUUAGGAGGAAGAAAAUUGCCAUAAGCAUCAUCUUUUCCCUGUGUGAGAAAGAAGAAGCGCAACGGAAUUUCCAGGACUUCUUUUUUUCUCAUUUCCCCCUCUUUGAAUCUCACAUGAACAGGCUAAAGAGUGCAAUUGAAAAGGCCAUGAUCUCCUGUAGAAAGAUUGCAGAGUCAAGCCUCCGUGUCCAGUUUUACAUCAGCCGUCUGAUGGAAGCUCUGGGAGAAUUCAGAGGGACUAUCUGGAAUUUAUAUUCUGUUCCAAGGAUAGCUGAACCAGUAUGGCUUACUAUGAUGUCAAACACUUUGGAAAAAACCCAGCUCUGCCAGCGCUUUCUCAAGGAGUUUACACUUCUGAUAGAACAAAUCAACAAAAAUCAGUUUUUUGCUGCCUUACUGACUGCAGUGUUAACCUACCACCUGGCUUGGGUACCAACUGUGAUGCCUGUUGAUCACCCUCCCAUUAAGGCCUUCUCAGAGAAACGUACCUCUCAAUCAGUGAACAUGCUGGCCAAAACACAUGCGUACAAUCCUCUCUGGGCACAGCUGGGUGACCUUUAUGGAGCUAUAGGCUCUCCAGUAAGACUGACUCGCACUGUGAUGGUAGGGAAGCAGAAGGAUUUGGUCCAGCGCAUUCUUUAUGCUCUGACCUACUUUCUCCGUUGCUCUGAGCUGCAAGAGAACCAGCUGACCUGGAGUGGGAAUCACAGUGAAGGUGACCAAGUUAUAAAUGGGAGCAAGAUUGUAACAGCCUUGGAGAAAGGAGAGGUGGAGGAGUCCGAGUAUGUGGUAGUGACAGUGAGAAAUGAGCCUGCUCUGGUACCCCCCAUCCUACCAACAGCAAUGACUGAGAGAAGGAGCCCUGGGCCCACAGGGUUAGCUGGGACUCCAGAGGGCACUGACAUUAGAGACCUGGAUCCCAGACCUGACAAAGAAGGAAAGAAGAGGCCAGACCAGGGAUCUGAGGCUCAUAGCAUGGGGUUCCAAGAGCCAGAAUUAGACAAUUCUUGGAAACCUCAUCCCCUUUGUGGGGAUGAAGGAAGUGAAAAAGAGGCACCAUAUGAUGUCCCUUCGAGGUUUCCCAGGUGUGCCAUUCCAGGGGCAGAAAAGAAGAUCAGCCGGCCAGCUGCCAAUGAGGAGCUGAAAGAGGAGAUAACUAAGAAGCGGCCUUGCCCUUGUCCUGACAGACAUUCCCGAGAGAACUCUCCAGUAGAAAAGGUCACUUUCCAAAUUGGAAGCUCCCUAUCUCCAGAGUCUGACUUUGAAAGCCGCACCAAAAAAAUGGAGGAGCGGCUGAAGGCCUGUGGACAAUACCCAGAAGUGGCCAGUAUCUCAGCUGAGUCCAGUUUGGCUGCGGACGUGGCUGAGAGCCAGCAGGUUUCUAGGUGCUCCUUCAAGCCUGGCUUUCAAAAGAAUGUCUGUUGUCCUCAGAAUCGAUCUUCUGACGGAGAGGAAGGUGAAUCUGACAGAGGUUUUGCUGAGGACAGAGGUAUCAGACCUGACGUGGCAGCAGAUGCUGGGCAGCUCAGCCAAGCUGUUCCCACUGACAGUGCGGCGGGAACUGGAAGGAGAACACUGGAGACAACUAGAGGUUUGUAUUUGAAAGAUGUGGAAGGACCUUCAUUAGAACCUGCCCCCGACAGGUGUGUCCAGCAGGUCUCUGGCUUCUUGGUUGCUGCAGAUGUCCCCUGUGGGGAUGCCGAUAGGAAGGCUGACUUCAGGAUUGAAGGAGACAUUCCCAGAAACAAAAGCUCCGAUAUGGCUCUUGGAGACAGUGACGAUGAAGCAUGUGCUUCAGCCACAUUGGAUCUAAAUCACAGUGGUGACAGUUCUGAAGGGACCUUAGAAGUGGAGCUGCCUCUGCCAAGGUCUCAAAGCAUCAGCAACCCAAAUGUAAGAAACUUUGGCUUCUGUCUCCUGGCGGGUUACUGCUCCUCAUACAUGCCUGAUCUGGUGCUUCAUGGGACCAGCAGUGAUGAGAAGCUGAAGCAGUGCCUGGUGGCUGAUCUUAUCCACACAGUGCAUUGCAUCAUGCAUCUUGAGGACAGACUGCAGGAGAUGUAUCUUAAAAGCAAAAUGCUGUCUGAGUAUCUUCAGGGACAUACACGAGUCCACGUGAAGGAAUUAGGUGUUGUGCUGGGGAUUGAAUCUAACGACCUGUCGCUGCUGAUUGCUGUUGCCAGUAAUCAUUCUCCUUACGUGGCUCAAAUACUCCUAUAA